AUGCAGGCCCGUCUGUUUGCCCGCUCAACGGGCGAGCUGAGCCCUGACGCAUUCGCACGAGCAACCACAUCCGAUCUCGUGCGGUCCUUUGCUGCUGCUCCUCAGCACCGAUUCGAUGGUGAGGGUGCCGAACCCGAGGAGGAGGGUAGACAUGUAUCCCUCUGGGCCCAUAGAAUCGGAGUAAAUGCCUUGGCGUUGGACAAGUUCGAUGGCCGAAUCCUCGUGUCUGGAGGCGCUGACGGUUCAGUAAAACUUUGGGAUCUCCAUCAUGCCAGCAACGCGAAUUCCUCUCACAUCUUCAGGCCGAUUGCUGAUGUUGCCCGCUCUGUCGGCGACGAGAGCAACGCUCACAAGCACGGCAUCACGCACUUGGACUUUUACCCCUUUGAUUCCGAGGCCUUUCUUUCGAGCUCCUUUGAUCGCUCACUUAAACUAUGGUCCACUCAGAGAAUGACAGUUUCGGCCAGCUUUGACUUGAACGCAAACAUUUACACCCAUGCCAUGAGUCCUGUUGCUGACCAUCUUCUGGUUGCCUGCGCAACCCAGCACUCUUCGGUCCGCCUUAUCGACCUAAAGUCCGGGUCCUCAGUCCAAUCUCUUGUUGCCCACGGAGGCGCUGUCCUUUCUGUAUCGUGGAGCCCUCGUCACGAGCAUAUUGUUGCCACAGGUCAUGUUGACGGAAAAGUCCGAGUGUGGGAUGUUAGGCGCGCCGCUGGCCUCGUUGGUCAACUUGAUCAGGAAGAUAGUUUGGGGAUUGUCCAUCGUUUCAACCACGCUGUAGCAUCCGGUCUAGAUUGGGAUCAAAUGCCGCAUUAUCGAACUUCAGCUCGCGCCCAUAAUGAGGGCGUCAACGGACUAACUUGGACUGAUGAUGGCAAGUACAUCAUAUCCGCUGGUCUCGACCGUCGGAUACGUGUUUGGGAUGCUGCCACUGGCAAGAACACGCUAGCAAGUUUUGGUUCCAUGAUACAGAAUAGGCAACCGAAGACAGUCAAUAUGUUUGUUACACCUGCAAGGCUAAAUCCCACCCGCCGGGAUCUUCUUUUCUGGCCGAACGAGCAGGAAAUCCUCGUCAUGGACCUACACGAGGGCAGCCUCGUAUCUCGACUACGCGUUCCUGGACCUUCCACAGUUGCCGGCAGUCAGGGCAUUGGAGGACUUAACGUUAAAAACCGUACCAUGAGCAUGGUAUGGCGCGGACAUGGGGGCUACCGGCUUCAGAAAGGUCCUAUCAUGGGAGGAGGCAGUGCUUGCGGUGCAGUUUACACUGCUCACUUGGACGGACAGAUUCGAGCUUGGAUGCCUCAGCUGCCGGGGUCGGACGACGAUGACACUACUCCUGACCCCCUCGACCGGGACGAGGAAGAGAAGACCCGUAAGAGGAAGGCACUUGACGAUGCCUUCAGAAGUUUGAUGGGCAAGCAAAUCACGUUCAGUUAA